AUGAGGCCAAAGCCACUCGCAACCAAACAGCCAAAGCCGCUCGCAACCAAACAGCCAAAGCCACUCCCAACCAAACACAAACAGCCAAAGCCACUCGCAACCAAACAGCCAAAGCCCUCGCAACCAAACAGCCAAAGCCACUCGCAACCAAACAGCCAAAGCCACUCCCAACCAAACAGCCAAAGCCACUCGCAACCAAACAGCCAAAGCCCUCGCAACCAAACAGCCAAAGCCCCUCGCAACCAAACAGCCAAAGCCACUCGCAACCAAACAGCCAAAGCCACUCGCAACCAAACAGCCAAAGCCACUCGCAACCAAACAGCCAAAGCCACUCGCAACCAAACAGCCAAAGCCACUCGCAACCAAACAGCCAAACCCACUCCCAACCAAAGCCACUCGCAACCAAACAGCCAAAGCCACUCGCAACCAAACACAAACAGCCAAAGCCACUCGCAACCAAACAGCCAAAGCCGCUCGCAACCAAACAGCCAAAGCCCUCGCAACCAAACAGCCAAAGCCACUCGCAACCAAACAGCCAAAGCCACUCGCAACCAAACAGCCAAAGCCCCUCGCAAGCAAACAGCCAAAGCCGCUCGCAAGCAAACAGCCAAAGCCGCUCGCAAGCAAACAGCCAAAGCCGCUCGCAAGCAAACAGCCAAAGCCGCUCGCAAGCAAACAGCCAAAGCCCCUCGCAAGCAAACAGCCAAAGCCGCUCGCAACCAAACAGCCAAAGCCGCUCGCAAGCAAACAGCCAAAGCCGCUCCCCGGCCUCCGCAUCUCGAACGGCAGCGGCGGGGUGCGCACGUCGCAACAGCGCAGGCGAAGCAGCUCCUGCGCGAUCGGCCAAGAGGCCAAAUGGACCAUAAGGUUUUAUGCCCUUCUGGCUCCCCGCUGCCCGCCGCUUCUUAG